AUCGGCAAGAACUGAAAAUUGAAGGUGUGCCCAAUUAAAGAGCUCAUUGGAAUAUCAAAUAUUUGUAACUCUCAACAGGAAUUAGGAGGCAAAAUGAAUACGCCUGUGCAGAAUUCCAAUUCUGCUGAAAAAUAUCAGCCCAUAUCUGAGGUCUUUCAAUGUGAUGCCCAAGGUAGCCUGCCACGGGAAUCAAACACUGAUUUUCGGCAGAACCUUCUGCCGCCACAUGUCUGUAUAUUCAAUCACGAGGUAUUUCCGAAUAAACCACAAAUAAAUCGAAGAGGCAGCUCAAAGGAUGUUGAAAAUCUGCACAAAACCUUCAGUAGCCUUGAAUGUUCGAUUGAAAUAGUUUGCAAUCCCACAUUGGCUAUGGUUAAGGACACAGUCAGGAAAUUGACUCUGAAAAGUUUCGAUCGCUUGUCGGGUUUGGUAUUAGUAAUCUUAAGCUACGGCGAUGACAGGAUCCAUACGUGCGAUGAGAAGAUGUACGACUUGGAUGGUGAUGUUCUAGAACCACUCGUAGAAAAUAAUUCCCUGUCAGGCAAACCCAAAAUUGUAAUAAUACAGGCCAGCAGCCUCAGCACUGGACACUAUACGAGCAAGAUUCCCUCACCUUAUAUUAAGUGCUUUAGCUCCACCGGAGGUUACUUCAGCUAUCGUAAUGUGGGGAAAGGGUCUUUCUUUAUACAAGUCCUGUGCAAAGAGAUGGAUCUACAUGGCCUCACAAAGGACUUCCGGUCAAUUAUUGACGACGUAAACGCGAUGGUCGAGAGCCAUGCUGAGUCGGUAGGUCGGAUGCAAGUACCGUCGAUAACAUCAACUCUAAGGAAACCAUUCUGUUUUGGAGAUUAUGUGCAGCACGCAAAUGCUCCAAUUUCAAGGACAUCUACUAUUGCUACAGUUCCAAGGACAUAUGCUAUUGCUACAGUUCCAGGGACUUCACUUGGCAAUUCCCAGCUGAAACUCCAUUCCCCAUUGGUAUACAUAUUGAAUCAUGAAAUGUUCAUAAAUUCAGAUAAAGACCGAUCCGGAAGUUUGAUAGAUGUCAAAGCUCUGCGAAGUACUUUCGAAAGCUUGAACUGCGAUGUGCACGAGGUUCAAAACCCCACAUUAGCUGUGGUGCAAGACACCUUUCAAAAAUUGGAAACGGAGAAUCUGGAACUCCGAUCUGCGUUGGUCAUCGCCAUUCUGAGCCAUGGCGAUUGCAAUGGGUUGAUCGAGGCAUGCGACGAUACGGCUUACUACUUGAACAAGGAUGUUCUGUUUCCCCUUUUCAGAAACGAUACUCUUAGAGGUAAACCCAAAAUACUGAUUGUCCAGGCCUGCAAGGGAACCUUGGAAGCGGACUCAAACCUAAUAGGGUAUAACCCCAGGGACUACAUCAUCUGUUACGGAACCAGUGAGGGAUUCAAAGCCUACCGACAUACUUCCUUUGGGUCGCCCUUUAUUCAAACUCUGUGCCAACACAUGGAUAGAUACGGCAAGAAAAAGGAUUUCCUGAAAAUUAUACAGGCAGUAAACCAGUCGGUCACUGAGGAAGCUCCUCUCAAAUAUAGGAGGGAAAUGAUACCAUCGUAUACUUCGACGUUAGGAAAGAAGAAAUUUUACUUCUGGCACAACACCUACACGGAAUAAGUUACCAUCGAGUUGAACUUAUGUGUACAAUUCUAACAUUAAAACUGUCGGCAAACGCUGAGACAACCCAAAUGCUACAUUAUAACAUUAUAACUUUGUUGAUUCUUCGAGUUUCGUUUCAUUGUAUGCAAUUUUUCAUUAUUCAACUGCUUAAAGUAAUGACGUGUUUCGUCAAAGUCCUAACCGUUCUUCGAAUUUGUAAUGCGAUUCAGUAUUUCUCCACUAGAAAUCUCGGCACCCAUACCGCGAAUAGCUUUGUCGUUCAUUUUUUGUUGUGUAGGAAAUUAUGAAUGCAUUUAAUUGAGAAAUGUACAACGUCUGCUAUGUACAUCAUCCGUCGAUCAGCUGAUAGUAUGUUAUAUUAUAGACUUUAUUAACUAUAAAUGAACACCUAGUGGAUGACCUGGUGGUCAUUAGAGGUGACCGCUAUUAUUCUAUCUCCAUGAUUGCGAACAGCAUUCUGAAAUUGCGAUACAAAGACAUAAAUGUUUUUCGGCAGAUAAGGACUGGGCAGGGGCUGGUCAAAACUGCUGAUCGAGCUUUAUAUGUAUUUGGUUGCUUAUCUUGAGAUAAGCACCCCAUAAGCAACCACAUAAGAGAGUUAAAUGAAUAUCGACAACCGAUAGUCAAGGAUCCGAUACUCAUAAAGAAUGCAUAAAAUAACUAGGAAUAUGAUCUUGUAUAAUUUAUUUAUAUUACUCUUAAAAACUAAAGACACUUAAACCAAAGGAUCAUCAGAAAGAAUGCAUAUGCAUUAUUAAUUGAAGUUCCUUU